AUGAACAUUGACACAUCCGUUAAUCUUUGCCAUUCUUUGGGUACUUUGGGUUGUAUUGAACCGAGUAUCAUUUCAAUAGAUUAGAAAACUGUCUAUAACUUUACAAAAUAUUUACCGGAUAUGAAUGACGACAAAACAUCUACCCUUAAUGCUUCCCGACGAGUGACAAUUCAUUCCAUAGACGCAAUACUGAGAUCAGAGAAAGCGGAAACAAAUAGUGACGAGACAGGUCCCAAUCAAGUCGACGAAAGCAAGAAAAUGAAGUCCACAGACAUGGAUACAUUACUGGAGGAAUCACAGCCAGGAAGCAGUUCACCACCAAAUUCCCCAUGCUCGUCCUCAGAUUCAUUCGUCAUAUCCGGAACAACACUUAAACGGAAGUUGAAUUCACCGGAUGCUGAACUGAGCAUGGAUUCGCACAAGAAAAGACGGUUCCGGACCACGUUCACGGCUGAUCAACUUAGGUGUCUGGAAAACGUGUUCCGGUUGACUCAUUAUCCGGAUGUCAAUUCCAGAGAGGAACUCUCGCAGAAAACCGGUCUCCCCGAGGCUCGUGUACAGAUUUGGUUUCAAAAUCGAAGAGCAAAAUGGAGAAAAUAUGAGAAGCUAGGGAAUUUUGGAGGCCUUCAGGAUUUGAAGGAAAUACCGGGAAAUUAUGUACCCGCCCCUAAAACCACAACUCCUCGAAUGGACAUGCCUCCUUUGCCAAUGCAGGUACCAAUGCCAAAAAUGUACGACGCGGCAAAGAAGGAACCGGUCAGUGACGAUGAGGAUGUCACACCCCUUAAUUUGACCAGUAAAUCAUCUGUGUCCUACUUUCCUUCCACAUUUCCUUUUUAUGGACUAAAUCCUCUCACUUAUGCGGCCACAAUGUCCAUAUUUGGAAGAUACGGAUCCACGUUUACCGAUCCAUCUCAACGCACCGGAAGUAUUACGUCACUUCGAAUGAAGGCUCGUGAACACGAAGCUGCUUUAGGGCUGCAAUUACCGUUCAAAUAGAAUUUAACCCAAUGCAAAAGUGACAUACACUUUACUUAAUCACUACCGCAUUUUGCCAGAUUGGGAGGUUAUUGUCUUCAUGAUUAUAUGCAAUUUUUGUACAUAUUUUAUCUGUGAUAACAAACAAUUUUGGGACAAUAAGUAUGUUAGACCUGUAUAUAAUCAAACCGUCCUUCCAUUAACCCAUACGCUCCUUACCUUACAUAUUAAAACCUUUGUAUCAUAUCGCAGUUUGUCGGCUCCCCUUGGUUGCAAGCCGCGCAUGCAAUUAAUUCUUUUAAAGUCGAGUUUUUGUGUACUAAUGAAAAAAACUGAGGUAUGAUUAUAUGAAGUGGUAGAUAAUAUAUCUAGAUAUAUUUAUAUAUAUUUUUACUUGUACAUGUACACUCCGUAAAGUGAUUUUUAAUUGUUUUCUAUUGCAGCAAGGAAUCGCAAUAGAUUGUUUGUGCCAAAAUAUAAUAGCUUAUCAUCUUUUA